AGCGCCGGGUGGCCGUGACGCGGCUCGGGGCGAGCCCCACGGAGCAGUCGUGCCCCCACUUUCCCGGCGCCCGGGGCCAGGCGGGGCGGUGGGCACCCGCCGGCGGCGGAGCGGCGCCCCCUCCCAGGAGCAGAGCGGCCGCUGUCGUCGCGGAGGAAGGAGGACGGAGUCCGGACCCCGCUGCCCGAGGAGACACGGGGCUCAUCCCGCCUGCAAUGAGGGGAAACGCAGUGGCCCUUCCCGCCCGCGGACCCCGAGACGUACAGCAGAUGGUACAGGAACAGUACACCACGACCACAGAAGGCACCCACAUAGAGAGGCCAGAGAACCAGUGCAUCUACAAAAUUGGCAUUUACGGCUGGAGGAAGCGUUGCCUCUACUUAUUUGUUCUUCUUUUACUCAUCAUCCUCCUCGUGAAUUUUGCCCUUACAAUUUGGAUUCUUAAAGUGAUGUGGUUUUCUCCAAUAGGAAUGGGUCACUUGCAUGUUACAGAAGAUGGACUUCGCCUAGAAGGGGAAUCAGAAUUUUUAUUACCCUUGUAUGCCAAAGAAAUACAUUCCAGAGUGGACUCAUCUCUGCUUCUACAGUCAACUCAGAAUGUGACUGUAAAUGCACGCAAUUCUGAAGGCGAAGUCACAGGCAGAUUAAAAGUAGGUCCCAAAAUGGUAGAGGUCCAAAGUCAACAGUUUCAGAUCAAUUCCAAGGAUGACAAGCCACUGUUUACUGUUGAUGAAAAUGAAGUUGUGGUCGGCACAGACAGACUUCGAGUAACUGGGCCUGAAGGGGCUCUUUUUGAACAUUCAGUGGAGACACCUCUUCUAAGUGCCGACCCAUUUCAGGAGCUGAGCCUGCUUGUAGCUAGUCAUUGCUUGUAAGAUCCAGAGGCAAUAACAAGUCCUACUGGUUGUCCACCCUCACUGGCCCCGAGCUGCAGGUCCUGUCCUCGCCCUGCUCCCUGUUUCAGCUCAGGUUCUGCCCUCUUCCAAUGCCUGUUCCUGCCUCCAGCUCUUCCUCCUUCAUCUGCCCUUCACACUGAAAUCAGAGUGUGCUACAUGGAACUACUUAAAAUGUUUCAUUGAUCUUGAGUCAGUGGUCGGAAGGUGAACAGCACUGCUUGGGCACUGGUGGACCCCUGUGAGCUAGACCCAGGCUGGUUCUGCAGCCUGACCUGUUCCCCAGCCCCUACUUCUCUGGGAGUUGUCCCAUCUGACUGGAGAUCCCUCUUUCCCUUGGAGACCCUGAAUGUCCCACCAUCCCUGGAGUUUUAGUUUCCCUGAUGGGGAAUUAUGACUCAUGUACUUCACAGACUCAACAUAGUUCCCUGAAAAGCAUCAGCAUAAAUUUCCUGACAUUUUCCACAAUUUUAGCACAGGACAUUAACGUAUUCAUGUUAUACUACCAAUCGCUACAUGUGCAGACCAGGCAAAACUUUUGCACCUUUUUGUGAAAGAGAAUGUUGCCCUGUGUGGGCUUGCAAGUUGCAAAAGGCACUCUUAGAAAUGUCAAUUUACAUUAAAUUUUCUGAAAUAUGUGCACUGUUAGUAGGGCAAAGGGAAUUAUAAAACCAAGUGCACAAUAAAUCCAUAUUUGAAAAAAAAUUGGAAAUCUUUGGUAAAUCUUCUCAAUUGUGGUAAAAUACACAUAACGUAAAAUUUAACAUGUUAACCCUUUUAAGUGUACAAAGUGUUAAGUAGAGUCACACUGUUGUGCAGCCAUCACCACCAGAUGUCUCCAUUUUGCAAAACUGACACUGUCCUUAUUAAAUAACUCCCCAUUCCCUGACCCCCAGUUAACUUAAAAAUGUGAAUGGGUGUAAAGGUUUUCAAAAUUCUUUUAGGACUAUUAUGAGAAUAUUGCUCUUUCUAUUCUACCAAAUUUUAGAAUGUGUGAGUUUCGGAUAUGAACAUGUUCAGCUUUACCAUACCUGACCAAUGUUCGUCUUGUUCUUAUGCUUGUUUAUAAUUCUGUGAACAGUGUAAGAAUUUCUUUCCUCAUACUUGUACCAGUAUUUGACAUUGUCAGGCUUAAUGUUCUUUUUCAUUCUGAUGAGUGGUAUAUUGUAUUAUUUUAUGUUUUAUUUCCCUAUGAUUAGUGUGACUAAGCACUUUUCACUAUUUGUAUUUUGUUAAGGUUGCUUCUUCUGUGAAUUGACUCCAUC